CUGCAUCCGCGCUCUCGCAUCUCACUUCUGUCAUCUCUACAAAGCAGCCUGCAGGAGCACAGUGCGUACACGGCGCUGAAAGUACAUAAAAUCAACAUAACACCUGGAUUUGAGAUAAACAUCAGUUUGAGUGGACUUUACAGAAAUUUGUGUGAUUUAGCUGCCCACCAUAACAGACGUUUCAGUUUUAAAAUGCAAACCUCCCCGAAUGGCUUUGUUCACCCAUGUGGAUUUAUGCCGUACUGUCAGUGGUAGUACCAACUCGAUUCACUCCUUCAGUUUGUCCUUUAAGGGAAGACUUCAGGAUGAGAUGGACAGUCCUGCUCUUGAAAUACGUCUUGGUGAAAGUUCUGGUGCUGUUGGGCAGCGCGGACGGGCAGCUCGAGGGGUUUAUAAUGCUGUCAGGAUCCAAUGGGUCCCGUGAUGAGGAGAGCGGCGUUUCCGAGCCUCCACAUAUUGAGGACAAAUGUCGGGGUUACUACGAUGUGAUGGGUCAGUGGGACCCGCCGUUCGUUUGCCGAACUGGCAAUUAUUUGUAUUGUUGCGGCACUUGUGGCUUUCGAUUUUGCUGCGCUUAUAAAAACUCUCGCUUGGAUCAGAGCACUUGUAAAAACUACGAUACUCCAGUGUGGUUAACAGGACAGACGCCAUAUAAGAAAAAAGACCCGAGACACGAUCCAACAAGAGAUAAAACAAACAUGAUUGUGUAUGUAAUAUGUGGAGUAGUGGCGAUCAUGGCACUAGUCGGGAUAUUUACAAAACUCGGACUAGAAAAGGCUCAUAGACCUCACAGGGAAAGUAUGUCUCGAGCGGUGGCAAGUGUGAUGCAAGGCGCCCGUCAGAGUCAACACGAGGAGGCCAUCGGGAUGCACACACAGCAUUACGACACAGUGCAGGCGAGAGCACACAACAUGCAAGGAGGGCAGAUAAGCAACAUGAUGCAAACCCGCCCGUAUCCAGCUCUCAGUCAGCUGUCCCAUGUCUACGAACAACAGCAUCCAGGAAAAGAAGUCAACAAAUAUGCUUCGCUAAAGGCUGUGGCGGACAAAGCCAACGGUGACCUCCUCAACAAGCAGCACCGUCACCUGGUUGAGUUGGCAGCUAAGGGAACUCUUCCCCUUCAUCCGGUACGAAUUGAGCAUGUCGAGCCCACGGCCUCUUACGUCACGGAGAUCCCGUGCCUGAAACAAAAUGGACAGAAACCCAAAAGCAGUAAACCCAACGUGUCCCACCCUGCGAUGACCUACAGUUCCAAUACCAUAGCAAACCCGGGCAUGCUGAGGAGCUGGGAGGCUACAGAGACGGUGGGUCGCCGCAAGACCUAUGGCACGAGGAAGCUGUGCACGGUACAGCAGGUUAAUGAGCUACACACUGCCCGCAGUCAUCAUUACUUACCCACGCAACCCUACUUUGUAACCAACAGUAAGACAGAAGUCACUGUGUGAAAAUCUGACUUUCCUGAGGAAAACAGCAGAGGGAUAGAAGUGAAAUGACUUUCUGCGCUGCCCCUAGUGGACUGGAGGCAGAAGUGAGCAUGUCAUAUUAUGACUGGCACAUUAUCAGCUGACUGUGAGGCCAGGAACACUAUUGUAUACACGCUAACAAUGAUUUAUUUCGUCAACGACACGGUUAAAAGCAAAAGAAGGAAAGAAUUGGCACAAGAAAACAUCAAAUAAGCAAUAGCAAUACGAUCUUAUAAAGUUAUACGGCUAUAAAGAGACUUUAAACAUUCCACAUUAUUGAUCCCAGAUAUUAAAGGGCUGGCAUGGCUGGUAUGAAAUACAAAGUGAUGUAAAAUAAUACACAGUAAAUGCAUCAGUUGCAGAUAUUGAUUUAAUGAGAGGAACCUUGUUUUUAUAAGUGGAGUGAAAAACAAAUGAACUGGUUCCAGGCUGUGCCUUUAACAGGACAGUAUAAAGCAACUAAAGGCCACAUAUACAAAAUAUUUAACGCCACAAGGUAGCAUUGUCAUGACGCAAGCAACACUGUUAAAAGGACACCGAGGCACAUUUUGUGUCGGGCAGUACUUGAUCUUUGAAAACAAUUUUUGGAAAUAUGUGUUUGGUCUGAUUUUUGCGUAAAUUUGGAAUUAAUUUCUUACGUGUACUCUCAUAAGAGCAUGUUGAAAUAUUUGAUGUUUCUUAACAUCAGUAGGUGUAUCGGCCACAUUUCUUGCGAGAUUUUUUGCACUUUUACAAUGUGUCGUAUGGAAGGUUCAUUUUAUUUAUUUAUUUAUUUAAAUUAUUUCUUACCCAGACAAAUGAGACUUACAGUGAAAAACACUAUAAAAGUAUAUAUAAAUACCAUUGCCAGUAUGUGUAUGCACACUAUAAAGUACAUUGUGCCAAGAAGUAGCUGGUUAAAGUUGCUGUGUUCAGUUAUAAUUUAACAUCAUUUCUUUUGGGUUUUAUUAAACCGUACGUUUGAUAGAAAAUGUUUCUGUUGCUUCGUCAUAAUAUAAUGGAUUUCUAGCUUCGGUCAUGAAGAUGUACUUUAAAAUGGAGUAAAAGUACUGGAAUAAAAUGAGCUUUUUAUUUCAA